ACAAAACAAUGUGAUUGUGAUAAGCAAGCAAUACAUUUGUUGGUUAUCUUUAAAUAUAAAUAGUGCAAAAUAAUAUAUCAUUAUACGAAAAUAACCCUUUAAUAUGGGUCUUACCAAACAAUAUUUACGCUAUGCACCUAGUGGUACUUUUAAUGUAAUAUCUAGUGCCGAUUGUAACAGUGUUCAUGUAACUUUGAACGGAGUUAGUGGAAGAUAUAUUGCGGUUGGAGCGUGUGAACAUGUUAUUAUUUGGGAUAUGAGAUUGGGAGAAAAGGCUCAAGUAAUACCUGGAGAAAAUGUAGUGGUGUCCCAAAUAGCUGCCAGUCCAAACGGUAACCACAUGGCCGUGGGUUAUGUAGAUGGCAAUAUAAAUGUGUUUGAGCUGAUCAACAAUGAGAUUGUGUGUGUAUUUGCGGGACACAAGUCUGCAGUAACAUGUUUACAGUAUGACGAACAGGGCCAUAGGAUUGUAUCCGGCUCAAAAGAUACUGAAGUAAUACUUUGGGAUGUGGUAUCAGAGACUGGUGUAGCACGGUUUAGUGGACAUAAAGGUGUCAUCACUAGUGCUGUUUUUAUAAAUGGAAGAAACUGCAUAAUAAGUUCAUCAAAGGAUACAUUUAUAAAAUUUUGGGACAUUGAAACUAAGCAUUGUUUUAAAACUCUGGGAGGACAUCAGGUGGAGGUGUGGUCUGUGGCUCUUCUUAAGGAAGAAAGGUACUUGGUCACAGGCAGCAUGGAUCAGGAGCUGCGUGUAUGGAAACUUAAUUGGAGUGAUAAAAUCAAAGAAGAAGAUAAAUUAACAAAGCAACUUGAAAUUGUUAAAUUAGAAGACACAGACAAUACCGAGGAUACUUCUGUCUUACAGUGCCAUCAAGUUGGAACACUUAUUCGUGGCGGCAGAGGAAGAGUAGUAGGUCUGUCAACGGAUCCUGGGCAAAGUGUUUUAGCGUGUCAUGGGACAGAUUCCUUGUUAGAGUUGUUUGCCUUUUGUUCAGACGAGGAGGCCAAAGUCAGAAUGAAUAAAAGAGUCAAAAAACAGAGAAAAAAAUUAAGCAAGCAAAAAGAGAGUGGUGACAUAGAUCCAGAGACAAUAGACGUGUCAGAAAUCCUCACAUUAUCAGACGAAGUACGAAGACUGAGUUCUGUAAAACUCUCAGCCAAGAUUAAAUCCUCCUGUCUCUUAAUGGGGACCACGGGCGAGCUGCGUGUGGGGGUGACACUAGCUACUAACACCGUGGAAUUGCACAGCUUAAAUAUGGCUGAAGGGAAUGAAGUGAAAUGUUUGAAGCAAAUAACUCAACCGGGACACCAAAGGGAGCCAAGAUGCAUUGCGAUUAGCUCAGAUAAUCUCGCCUUGUUGUCCGCAUCCGUCGACUCCAUUAAACUUUGGAACAGGUCGAGCCAGACGUGCGUGCGCAGCGUGUGCACGGGCGGCGCGCGGCCGACGAGCGCGUGCUUCGCGCCCGGCGACCGGCACGCGCUGGUGGCGCUGGCGGACGGCGCCGUGCUGCUGCUGGACGCGGCCGCCGCGCGCGUGCUGGAGACCGUGCCGGCGCACGAGCGGGACUGCUGCGUCGUCGCGCUCACGCCGGACAUGCGCGGGUGUUACACUGGCGGCGGCGAUAAAACAGUCAAGUUGUGGCAGUUUGAACUUAUUCCAGAUACAACAACCGAUUCAAAAGCGAAGGUACUGUCGCUUCUCCAUACGAGGACAUUGGAAUUGGAGGAAGCGGUCACAGCAGUCAGCGUGAGUCCGAACAAUAAGUUCAUAGCGGUGGCCCUUCUCGACUCCACGGUCAAGAUAUUCUUCCUCGACACCUUCAAAUUCUACUUGUCCCUGUACGGACACAAGCUGCCGGUGCACUGCGUCGACUUCAGCUACGACUCGUGCUUAGUGGCGACGGGCUCCGCCGACCGCAACGUGAAGGUGUGGGGCGUGGACUUCGGCGACUGCCACAAGUCCAUAUUCGCCCACAACGACUCCGUCACGGCGCUGCGGUUCGUGCCGUCCACGCACUACUUCUUCACGGGCUCCAAGGACGGCAAGGUCAAGCAGUGGGACGCCGACACGUACGAGAACAUCAUCACGCUAAACGGCCACGCGGGCGCGUGCGCGGCCGUGUGCGUGGGCGCGGGCGGGCUGCACGCGGCGUCGUGCGGCGCGGACGGCGCGCUGCGGCUGUACGCGCGCACCGACGAGCCGCUCGUGCUGGGCGACCGCGACGACGACGAGGAGGGGCUGGCCACCGGCGAGCGCCACGCGCCGGUUCCCGGUUUGCCCGGCCUCGUUAUGCCGACCAAGAAAACCAUCGGUGCUGAAAAAGCUGCGGAUUCGCUGGUGGAGUGCCUUUCGCUAUGUGCGGAGCAUGCGGCGAGCGGGCCCGGAGCGCCGCCGCCCCCACUCAUGGCGGCCUACGGCUGCACCACGGCCGACGACUUCUUACUGGAGACCGUCAAAAGGAUACGUUCCAGCGAGCUGGAAGAGGCGCUGCUGCUGCUGCCGUUCAGUGCGGCGUGCGCGGUGGUGCGCGCGCUGCCGGCGCUGCUAGAGCGCGGCGACCAUACCGAGCUGCUGUGCCGCCUGGCUCUGUUCCUGCUGCGCGUGCACCGCGCGCCGCUGUUGGCGAACCGCGCGCUGCGCAAGCACCUCAUACAGAUACAAGCCAAGGCCACCUUGCGGCUCACAGAACUGCGGGACAUGGUGGGGUUCAACGUGCACGCGCUGCAGUGGGCGCGGCGCGAGCAGGAGGCGGCGCGCGGCGAGCAGCUGUUCCGCGACGCCGGCGCCCGCGCGCGCCGCCGCCCGCGCCGCGCCGCCAAGCGCGCCCUCGUGACCGUCGUCUAGCCCACUCGCUCCACAUAUAUGCAUA